AUGGGUCCGACUCUCUACAAUCCCUUCUCCGACGGCCCGACUAUGGUCCUCUCCCCUCCCCAGGACCAUCCGUCGUUUCAAUUCCCGUCUCAAUCGACGUUUGACACUGCCUCGCAGAGUCUCCAGACCGAUUCUAGCCCAUUAUCUAUGGACGGUGUUCAUUCCACCUCGACUAAGCCAACGACGGGUCACUCGUCGUCAUGGACCCCUGCAUCCUCCGCCAAUCCAAUCUUCACGAACCCGUCACGCAAGAGAUCUCGGGAAGAAUCUGCCACUGAUGCUGAUGAUGAUACCAAUGGCCAGCAAUCCAAUGGCUUGUCCCUCGUUUCCAAACCUGCCCCUGCUGUCAAGGAGGAGCCUAUCUAUGGGGAGGGCAUGAUGCUGCUCAACCCUCGAACCGGUUUGGCCAUUUCCGCUGAGAGCCAGACCGGCACAUGGUAUGAAGAGCUGGCUGAACAGCAGGCUGCUGCUGCCCCUCCGGUCUCGAGCAGGUCACAUCAGCUUCACGAUGCGAAUGGUUCAGCUGCUCCCAGUCGUAAAUCCCAGCGCCUCGACCCUUCCGCUCCCGGUUUAGACGACAUCGCCCUUGCCUCGAUCCGGCAGCGAGUUCAGCGCACCAGCGACGACGAUCAUAGCCGCUCUUUCAGCAAGAACAGCUCCUCGAUUAUCCCCGAAGAACCACGCGUCGAUGAUGUUACCUGUCUCCUAGGGAUCAGUUGGCAGCGCGUCAGCCACGAUGACGACAUGGCACCUGCUGUGUGCGGCUGGGAAAAAUACAUCAACAACCACUUUUACAGGUAUCUCUACAAUGCUCGCAUUCUACUCAAGAACCGCAGCAUGAACGCGUAUUUGGUAGCUGCUCAGCCAGCCACGCAGCCAACUCCAGCUAUGAAUACCUUUGUACACAACAGCGCCACCGCCCCGUCGCCCUUCGACUUCGACCCGUCUACCCUUCUACCUCUUCAAAGAGGACCUGACCGAGGCUCAGCUGGUCGGUUCGACCUGGGAUCUUUGCCUGCAGAAUCUCCGGUCUGUGCCCAUUAG